CCUCAGACACAUUCAGACAUCCACUGUGGCGGUCAGAGAACACGUUGCAGCUCUGCAUUCAGUUCUUCAUUGUCUGUGGGACAUUUUAUAGUUUCUUUACUUUUGGAACAAAUCUAACCAUUACAUAUUUACUCCUGUUACCUGGAGAUACAAUUCAACUGCAGGGUGAAAGGGAGGAACAUUGGAACAACCAAAAGGUAUGAACUGCUGUUAGUUACCAAGGAGGAACCCAUCUGACAAACAACAAGAAGACGAGAGACUCCAUACUGUUUACAGCGUUCAUAAGGGUUUUACUGUAUCAAACCAACGUUCUACAGGGAUCCACCGGAACCAAACUAUUCUGACAAUUAUCUCAGUAGAUUUGACUGACGUUGGAAGAGAUGAGAUCUAUGUUUUCCCACCCUGCCGUCCUGUUCCUGUGGAUUCAGAGUUCUAGUGGAUGGAUGCAUCCUAAAUGCCAGAUUUAUGACAGUAGUGAAGACUUGGAACACUUUCCCACCUGGACCUGCAGCCACAUACCUCAUCAUGCAGAACGUUACACUGCUGCCUGUCAAGAUGUCACAGCCAUCGAGGAGGAUCUACUUGGACUUCCCCCUAAUAUCAAUACCCUCUGCAUAUUUAUGACACAUGGUGAAAAUAGAUCCAUGUCUCUGGGCUUUUUCUCUCAGUUUCAGGAUCUGGAGUACCUGUACAUUGAUGGCUGUUUUACUCAAAUCCUUCCAUCUGGGAACAGUCACCUUCCAUCUGGGAACAGUCACCUUCCAUCUGGGAACAGUCACCUUCCAAAUCUGCAACAUAUGUACUUAAGUAAUUGGGGAAUGGACUCAGAUUGCUGUGAAUGUCAUAUUGGGCCCCAUACAUUCAGAGAUCUCGUGAAGCUGAGUCAUUUGACUCUUUGGAGUUAUAGACUAUCAGCAAUGUCCCCGGAUGUUUUCCAUGGCAUUCCUCUGUUACAAAGUCUCAUCAUUAGUGAACCCUAUUUAGAGGAUUUGUCAGAGAUAGCAUGCAGAAUAAUGAAUAUUAAGUCACUUGUUAGGUUAUCUGUAGACGCAACAAACAUACAAUCGUUAAACAUUUCAAACUGCUCCAUCUUAAACACCAACGAAAGCAUGACACCUGUUUUUAACAAUCUAGCGAGGGUUGACUUCUCAUUUGGUGAAAUACCACAUAUAGAAGAAGGUUCACUGGCUUGGCUCCAGAACCUCACAAUGUUAGCAGGGGCUUUCAGCCAGGAAGUCCUACUGGACCUUCCCCUGUCUGGGAUAAAACAAAUCCAGGACUUCAGAUGCUCUGGGAUCAAUGUCAUUGAUAUUGAAAGAAUCUGUAAUGUAGUGUUUUUGCUUUCAAUCAAGAAAAUAUAUGUAAACAAUUUCAAUACAAGCAGCCUCUCUAUGUCCAGUGUUGAGUUGUGCACUGGGCUAGAAUAUAUGUAUUUAAGUGGACUUGGAUCCGUCCAUCCUUCUCCCCAUUUAAAAUUGAAUUUUAUUUCCAGUCUCAAAAACCUUAAUCAAUUAAAAAUAGACGGCCUGGAAGAUAACAGACUUGAUAUUUGCUCCUUCCAAAAACAACCAAUAACAUGGUUAACAAAUCUCACUUUAGGGUUGAAGAAUCAAAUGCUUUUUGCUAAACAAUUCAUCUGUCUUGUUAAGCUGCAGUAUCUGGAUAUAAAACUGAAUUUAAUUUCAAACAUUGAAGACUUUGCUUUCCUGGGAUUGACAAAUCUGGAGUCCUUAGACAUUACAAGUAAUAACAUAACACAGAUAAAUGCAAACACAUUUGAUGGUUUACAUAGUUUGACAUGGUUAGACCUCAGGAACAAUCCACUUAUUCACAACAUUGAGGCGAUGUCUUUCACACACCUCAUGUCUCUUAGACAAGUGUUUCUCGGGCAAGUGCACAAUCCACUAACAGAACCUGUGAUCAAGCUGAAUCUGACACUUAUAUUUGGUGGAAUUCUGAGUCAGCUGACUCAUCUGUACAUUAGUUCAGCUAUGAGGCCAAUGCAGUUGACUAUCGGCAGUAACAUCACAUCUAAACAGAACCUGAGUCUCCAGCUCAAAGGCCAGACAGUGUCAUUUCAGGACUGUGACAGACCUUUCUUUCAGUCUGUAACCCAUCUUCAUGCUGAUGCUGAAGAAUUCCUUUGUGGAUCUGAAUUCAUGGGAAAGUACUUCACGUCUGUGGAGACAUUUGACUACAGAUCGAAGCUUUCAGCUAAAAGGGUUGAUUUAUCAUCAAUUAAUCAGCUGAUUCACCUGAGGAAACUGACUCUACGACAGGUGGAUCUUUUAACACAGCGUUCUGCCGACAUCACUUUUCACAACUUGACCAAACUGGAGGUUCUGGAAAUGUACCACUGCAGGAUUUACUCUUUAGAGGGGAGUUUAACUAAAGACUUGAAAUCUUUGAAAAGAGUGUAUUUGCUUAUAGAGAACAUUUAUAAUGUAUUCUAUAGCUUUACUGAACCUCUCUCUAGCCUUAAGCAUUUGACGUUUAAUAAUUUACAGAUGUUUUGCAGUUGUGACAAUGCUUGGCUCAUUACAUGGGCAAAGGGGUGCAGGCAGGUUGAAGUGAUCAUGCUUGGUCCGUAUGCUAAAACCGGUAUGUAUGCUUUGGAGGACUUGAUAUGCUUGUCGGACAAUGGAAUAGACACACCUAAUUUUGUCAAGUACACAGAAGCCAACUGCACAACAGAGGUUGGCUUUGUGCUCUUUGUUGCGACUGGCCUGGGAGUCCUGUUCUUCAUGCUGGUGGUGUUGGUCCAUAACCUGGCCGGCCCCUACCUCCUCCCCCUCUACCACAUCACCCUUGGCUGGCUGUUAGAAGCCAUGCGAUCCAACACCAGGGGGCGCUACCACUACGAUGUGUUUGUCUCCUAUAGCGGGAAGGACGAGCGCUGGGUGGUGGAGGAGCUGCUACCUAAUCUGGAGCAGAGGGGGCCUCCUUUCCUGCGCCUCUGUCUGCACAGCAGGGACUUCCAGCUGGGGAAGGACAUUGUGGAGAACAUCACAGACAGCCUCUACCGGAGCCGCCACACCCUCUGCCUAGUCAGCCGCCACUACCUACGCAGUAACUGGUGCUCUCUGGAGAUGAAGCUGGCCACCUACAGGCUGCAGGUGGAGCAAAGGGACAUCCUCCUCCUGGUCUUCCUAGAGAAGAUCCCCCCUCGCCGGCUGUCUGCCCACCACAGGCUGGCUCGCCUGCUGAAAACCAGAACUUAUCUGGACUGGCCCCAGGACCCUAAUCAGCACCAGGCAUUCUGGGACAGACUGUGGGCUAAACUGAAACCUCAGACUGAGCAUGAGAUCAGAGGUUGAUGUUGAACCUUGUGGACUGAAGAUAGACAUCAGCGGUUGAUGUAGAACCCUGUGGACUGAAAAGUGACAUCAGAGGUUGAUGUAGAACCUUGUGGACUGAAGCAUGAGAUCAGAGGUUGAUGUAGAACCUUGUGGACUGAAGCAUGAGAUCAGAGGUUGAUGUUGAACCUUGUGUAUAGAAAUCAGAUGUUGAUGUUGAACCUUGUGUUAUUGCAGAUGCAAUGUUGACACAUAUAUUGAGCUGUUGAAUUUGUUGUUAAAAGUCCUCCAUACAAAAUGUCUACCACUGUUUGAAAUUUGUUUUGUCAAUUCCUUUUAAAUGCUCUGUCUGGAGUGUACUUUUUGUGAUUCAUCUGAAAUGACUUUUAAUAGCCUUAUUUAAAUUGCUCAUAAAAAAGCCUAAACAUUUUUUAAAUUCCCUAAAUUUUAUCAGAUCCUAUUUGUAUUUUUAAACACCUAAUUGCUAACACAUAUCUUUGUUUGUAUAUUUGUUGCUAAGAGGAACUAAAAAAGGGUGUGACUACUGUGUACUGCAGUGAAUGACAAAACAUACAUGACCAAUGACCAUGAAGCAGUUAUUAAUGACUAUACAUGAAUGACCAAUGACCAUGAAGCAGUUAUUAAUGACUAUACAUGAAUGACCAAUGACCAUGAAGCAGUUAUUAAUGACUAUACAUGAAUGACCAAUGACCAUGAAGCAGUUAUUAAUGACUAUACAUGAAUGACCAAUGACCAUGAAGCAGUUAUUAAUGACUAUACAUGAAUGACCAAUGACCAUGAAGCAGUUAUUAAUGACUAUACAUGAAUGACCAAUGACCAUGAAGCAGUUAUUAAUGACUAUACAUGAAUGACCAAUGACCAUGAAGCAGUUAUUAAUGACUAUACAUGAAUGACCAAUGACCAUGAAGCAGUUAUUAAUGACUAUACAUGAAUGACCAAUGACCAUGAAGCAGUUAUUAAUGACUAUACAUGAAUGACCAAUGACCAUGAAGCAGUUAUUAAUGACUAUACAUGAAUGACCAAUGACCAUGAAGCAGUUAUUAAUGACUAUACAUGAAUGACCAAUGACCAUGAAGCAGUUAUUAAUGACUAUACAUGAAUGACCAAUGACCAUGAAGCAGUUAUUAAUGACUAUACAUGAAUGACCAAUGACCAUGAAGCAGUUAUUAAUGACUAUACAUGAAUGACCAAUGACCAUGAAGCAGUUAUUAAUGACUAUACAUGAAUGACCAAUGACCAUGAAGCAGUUAUUAAUGACUAUACAUGAAUGACCAAUGACCAUGAAGCAGUUAUUAAUGACUAUACAUGAAUGACCAAUGACCAUGAAGCAGUUAUUAAUGACUAUACAUGAAUGACCAAUGACCAUGAAGCAGUUAUUAAUGACUAUACAUGAAUGACCAAUGACCAUGAAGCAGUUAUUAAUGACUAUACAUGAAUGACCAAUGACCAUGAAGCAGUUAUUAAUGACUAUACAUGAAUGACCAAUGACCAUGAAGCAGUUAUUAAUGACUAUACAUGAAUGACCAAUGACCAUGAAGCAGUUAUUUUAUUUGAACAUCGAUCGAAGAGAUUUGUACAGAAAUGUUGUUGCUAGUUGUUUAACUAAAUGUAGUUGCUAGUUGUUUAACUAAAUGUAGUUGCUAGUUGUUUAACUAAAUGUUGUUGCUAGUUGUUUAACUAAAUGUUGUUGCUAGUUGUUUAACUCAAUGUUGUUGCUAGUUGUUUAACUAAAUGUUGUUGCUAGUUGUUUAACUAAAUAUUGUUGCAAGUGUUUUAACUAAAUGUGUUUGCUAUUUGUUUACCAAAAUGUAGUUGCUAGUUGUUUAACUAAAUGUGUUUGCUAUUUGUUUACCAAAAUGUUGUUGCUAGUUGUUUAACUAAAUAUUGUUGCAAGUGUUUUAACUAAAUGUGUUUGCUAUUUGUUUACCAAAAUGUAGUUGCUAGUUGUUUAACUAAAUGUGUUGUUAGUUGUUUAGCUAAAUGUGGUUGCAAGUUGUUUAAUUAAAUCUAAUUGCUAUUUGUUUAACUCAAUGUGUUGAAGUUUUUUGCCUAAAUCUAAUUGCGAGUUGUUUAGCUAAAUCAUGUUGCUAUUUGUUUAAAUAAAUGUGAUGCUAUUUGUUCAACUAAUUGUAGUUGCUAGUUGUUAACUAAAUGUAGUUUUUAGUUGUUUAACUAAAGGUAGUUGCUAGUUGUUUAACAUUUUGUAGAUGCUAGUUGUUUAACUAAAUGUAGCUGCUAGUUGUAUAACUAAAUCUAGUUGCUAGGUGUUAAACUAAAUGUGUUGCUAGUUGUUUAACUAACGGUGUUGCUAGUUGUUUAACUAACGGUGUUGCUUGAGUGUAGCCUGUAUAUGGUUCAUUGCACAUAUAUUUGAUACAUGUCUUAACUCAUGGGAGUGGGGAGGGGGACCCCUUUCUGGACAAUUAAGUAUUUUCUGCGCAAUAUUGGAGGAAACCUAGUUUUGUUGUGUUAUUUCAUUAUUGUUUAUGCUUUUGAUAAAGGCAUUCAUCCGAAACGUUGGAAACUAUCUUCUGUUUCUGUUUUUAAAUAAAAAGCAUCACUGCAUUAGAAUAA